AAAAGUGACAAAAGACCUACUGAGCCUCGUAAAAUAUGGUUUCCAAGGCGUCAGAGGCAAGCAAUGGGACUGAGUGCAGCGCGCCGAGGACGGGAGUAUGACGCUAUCCUGCGGAACGGAACGUGGGAAUACAGAUUUCGUCAAGAAAUUCAAUUCUGCGACUUGUUGCACUCACAUUUUGUCCUCGACCACCUCCCCCUCCCCCUACUCUUCCCCCGCCUAGACGACAAUGGCGCUCGCUCGCCAGGGACAGGCCCUUACCCGCGUAAUCGCGCAUUCUAGACCUUCACGAAUCGGGACCGCCCUCCACGUGAAGAGCGGUUCCCUUCUUCCCCAGCGAGUUGCGGCGGCAAGGCGCGCGUCGACGGAGCCGACGGCCGGCGGUGACAGCGCGAUUCCCCCUCCGCCUCCGCCGCCUCAGGCUUCGCGAUGGAGCCGCUUCCUCAUGUUCCUGGGCAAGUCGACGCUGUUCACAAUGGUCCUGGUCGGGGGGACGUACUACUACGUUAACACGCAAACACGUCACCCGGGAAAGCAGCUGCCGUUUGACUCGACGAAGAAGACGGUCGUCGUGAUCGGUAGCGGCUGGGGCGCGACUAGCUGGCUCAGGAGCGUCGACAACACCGAGUUCAACGUCAUCGUCAUUAGCCCGAAGAACUACUUCCUCUUCACUCCCCUGCUCCCCAGUGUUGCUGUCGGCACGCUCAGCCCGCGCUCCAUUCUGCAGCCGACACGCUUCGUGACGCGCCACAAGCCGCGCCAGGUGCAGGUUAUCGAGGCCGAGGCGACAGAUGUCGACCCGGUGAACAAGACGGUCACCUUCGCGGACAACACGCCCGUGCGCGGCGCGGUCUCAAGCACGACAAUUGGGUACGACUACCUUGUGUACGCGCCCGGAGCGGAGGUGCAAACCUUCAACAUCCCGGGCAUUAAGGAGAAGGCCUGCUUCAUGAAGGAGCUCGCGGAUGCGGAGCGCCUGCAGGACCGCUUCAUGGACUGCCUCGAGUCCGCCGCGUUCCCCGGGCAGUCCGACGCGGAGAUUGACCGCCUGCUGCACGUCGUGGUCGUCGGCGGUGGUCCCACUGGUGUCGAGGUUGCGGGCGAGUUCCACGACUUCUUGGAGGACGACCUGAAGGCGUGGUACCCGGAGCUCGCGCAGCGCAUCCGCAUCACGCUCGUUGAGGCGCUUCCGAGCGUGCUGCCGAUGUUCUCGAAGCAGCUCAUCGACUACACGGAGGAGUCGUUCAAGGAGAGCAAGAUUGACAUCAUGACGAAGACGAUGGUGAAGGAGGUCAAGGACGAGGCGGUGGUCCUGCAGAUGCCGGACAAGAGCAUCGUGGAGGUGCCGUGUGGCGUCGUUGUGUGGGCCGCGGGCAACCGUCAGCGCCAGAUCACGAUGAACCUCAUGAAGAAGCUUGGUCCCGAGCAGGAUAACCGUCGUGGAUUGACUGUCGAUGACUACAUGCAGGUCAAGGGCUCGAACGGCAGCAUCUUCUCAAUUGGUGACACCACUGCGACGUCCUACGCGCCCACCGCCCAGGUUGCCUCGCAAGAGGGUGCCUACCUCGCCCGCGUCUUCUCACAGAUGGGCAAGAAGGACGCGCUCGAGCGCCGUUUGGCCGAACUGAAGGCGGAGGAGGGCAAGGCAUUGGCUUCCCCCGAAGCCGAGAAGGUACACAAGGAGGAGAUCGAGAGCGUGCAGUCCGCGGUGCAGAAGGUCAAGAUUCGCCCCUUCAGCUACUCCCACCAGGGCUCGCUCGCGUACAUCGGCUCUGAGAAGGCCAUUGCGGACCUGCCGUUCAUGAACGGGAACUUCGCCUCCGGCGGUAUGGCGACCUACCUCUUCUGGCGCAGCGCGUACCUCACGACGCUGUUCUCCCUCCGUAACCGGACCCUCGUGGCUGUCGACUGGAUGCGGACCAAGGUCUUCGGCCGUGAUGUCAGCAGGGAGUGAGCGUUUGCUUCGUCGGGUCGUACGACGAGCGCCCUGCGACUGUGUGCUAGAACGGACCUUUUACACUUGGGUGCGCCGUUAAGCGUGCGCCGGGGCGACGAUCGACGAGGGCGAGUACUUGAGUUGUUGGUCGGAUAGAAGGAUACCCUCUGGACCGGCUCCUACUAGACUUACUCGUACUUUUUGCAUAUUAUAGACCUGGUCGUCGAUUGAUUGUAGACUUUGCCCAAUCAUUGUUGUAUCGCGAU